GACCUCAAACAAGAACAGUUAAAUUUGAUCCCGCUACAAGUGUUUUUCAUAAUUCCAGCAUCUGCCAAAUAUGAAUAAGGGUCCAUGUAGUUUGGAAAACAAAAAUGAAAGAAGAAUCUGCACAUGUUUAGCUGUACCUUCUUUAUUACUGCUUCUUAUAUACCCUCUGGCAUUGAAAACUAGUUUUUAGUUAAAGCUCAGAGUAAGGUUUGUCUGCGAUUCAGAUGAGAUUUUUAUUUAACGGUCAGCAGCAUGUAAUAGUUAAUGGACAACAGUUCUGUAGACAUGCUUCUAUGGUCACAUAUUAUCUGGUGAUCUGAGGAGGAAAUGGAUAGAUUUGAGAACUAAAUAUAUUUUCAUGUUAAACCUAAACCAGCUUUAUCAAUGUAAUAAAAUUAUUGUUGUUUCCAAGGUAGAAAUAUAAGGUAAUUUAAGGAAUGAGAUACUUUAAUAUUUAAAAUAUGUAUUGGUUUAAUAUGCACUGAGAUUUGAUUAGAAUUGUUAAAAUACGUGCGAUAUACAAUAUCUACUGAAAUCUGGCAUCUCUUUGUUCAGGAAAUCCAGUGUGACAUUGGUUUUAAAGCUGUGCUUCAGAGGAACAAAUUAUUCUUAAACCAUGGUUUGGUAGAUACUAGCAAUUACACAUUUUUAUUCUUCUACCCCAAUGGAUGGAAAAAAAAAAGAUAAAUCGGAACAUUUUCUAUUGACAAGCCCAUAUCAUUAAACAUACACCAUCCUCCUUCAUUUCCUUGCAUCAUACUGGUGGAUGUUUAUAUAAAAUUAAUCCCAGGAGAUACACUAAAAAGUAAAUAUGACUACUGUCAUAGUUGAUAAAAAUCUAGAACUGAUGUUCUUGAUGUUCAAGAGUUGAGCCUACCUCCUUUAGGAAAAGUAUGGUAACAUGUAUGUUAUUUAUAAAUACAUUAUACAGCUAUAUUCUAACUUGAAGGCUACUGGAACAAGUCAGUGCCUACAACAUCAAAACAUAUGAUACAGUCUUUCUAGUGUUGUUAUAACUGGCUGAUAUAAGCUUGGGAUUUUAUCUGACUGACAAAAAUCAACAUUGACAUUAAAAUACAACACUGCCUGAGCUCUGCGAGUGCAGCAUUUUCCCGAAUGAAGCACAGAGUGUUGAGGACCGGGACAUCCAUAGGGAUACCAAGGUGCUUGUUUAUAAAGCUAUUGUUCUCCCAAACCUGCUAUAUGUCUGUGAAACUUGGACUGUCUACAGGUGUCAUAUGGAACUCCUGGAACGAUUCCAUCAGCGUUGCCUCCGAAAAAUCUUGCAAAUAUUUUGGGAAGACAGGCAGACAAAUGUCAGCGUGCUGGAAGAAGCAAAGACCACCAACAUUGAAGCGAUAGUUCUCCGCCAUCAGCUCUGCUGGACCGGCCACGUUGUCCGAAUGCCCGAUCACCGUCUCUCAAAGCAGUUGCUCUACUCCAUACUCAAGAAUGGAAAUCAGGAUGUUGAAAGACAGGAAAAGAGAUUUAAAGAUGGGCUCAAAGCCAACCUUAAAAAUUGUGGCAUAGAUACCGAGAACUGGGAAGCCCUGGCCCUUGAGUGCUCUAGCUGGAGAUCAGCUGUGACUAGCAGUACUGUAGAAUUUGAAGAGGCAUGAAUGGAGGGAAAAAGAGAGAAAAAUGCCAAGAGGAAGGUGCGUCAAGCCAACCCCAACUGGGACCACCUUCCACCUGGAAACCAAUGCCCUCACUGCAGGAGAACAUGCAGGUCAAGUAUAGGGCUCCACAGUCACCUACAUACCCACUGCCAGGACACUGAACUUGGAGGACAGUCUUACUUGGACAAUGAGGGAUCGCGUGACCUGUGUUGACUUCCAAGUGGCUUGGACCUGUUAGAAGCUCCUGCCAGCCUAAUGCCAUGAAUGUUGAGGCGGACAAUGCGGAAGAAAAAGCUGUCCAUUCCUGGUCAAGGAUCUCCUCUGCAGGACAGAAAGCCUUGGAAGAAGCUCUCAGGGUGUUCAACCCCAUGUCUAAAGAUCUGUCUGACACAGAGACCCAGCUAGUAGCUUUUCUUCAAGGGCUCAGGGAAGAAGGAUACCAGCCCACUAUUCUAAGGAGUAAAGACGUGUAUGGGUACAGCUCAUGCACAGCCAGGAUGCCCAGCCAAACAAAAGGCAGUGCCCAGGACACUUCAACAACUGCCCCUAUUUCAGAGUCUGCUAAGGUUCCUGCCAGAAACAUGGGAACAAUGGCCAAAGCAUCUUCUCACUUAGCAGGUAUUAUAGUAAGUUCUUCUAAAAACUCUGCCAGGCCAUUAUCCAAGAAUAGGAAUGCUACAAACCUCCUGUUGAACUCACUGAAACGGACACGUUCAGGCACUUCAAGAGCCUCAGCAAUGGGUUUCCCUGCCAACAUGUACCCUGGUGUGUACCCAGCAAUGAGGUUGUCUGUUGUGCUGGAGGCCUUGGUCCCUAUAAAAGCAACAGCAUCCUGCCUGGAGUCAAAAUGUAAAGAGGGGCACCUUGGGAUAUCUCCUUCAGACCUUAAGCUCCUCAAGGCAGCUAGCGCAUCCAGGCAGUCUGCCACAAUCAAGGCCAACCAACUGGACUCGAAAGAUUAUAGGCAUAUAAUAAAGAAAGUGCCGGACUCUACUUCUCUGACUGUGAGCCUUAUGAAAGGACCAAAGGGUGGGAUACUGAGGGAAAGCAAUGCCUGCAAAGCCUCUGGAAUCCUAAAUGGCAGAAUUUCCGGAAGCCCCUCCCAAAGCUGUAGCACGGCAGCUACUAGAAAUAAGGAGCCAUCAGUAGACAAAACAGAGUGGAGAGGAGAGAGCAGCCUUCAAGAGACUGUUGGGCAGAAAAGGAAAAAAGGGGAGGAGAGAAAGGAAUUGCCAUGCAGGAAGAAACCGAGUUCUGUGCCAUCUCCCAGUCAAGUGGAGCUGGCUUCGAAAACAUUAAACCUGCUGAAAUUCCAGGCCAUCAAGGUGAACAGCUCCUCUGAUGACGAAUUGAGGAGGAGAGCACAGAGAAUCCUUAGAGUGAACCUGUCCCCUGUUAUUAGAAUUCAACCACUGCCUCAUUCUCACAGUGUCCCUUGAGUUGCUUUGCUGAGGGGGAGCCAUCGUAUAAGGAUGAGCAGAUCAACUUCAGGUCUGUUGAGACUGGGUGAUGAGAGGGAUGUCCAUGUCUGCAGUCAUUGGGCUAUUGGUCCAUAGGCUAGCAGUGGAGGAAAAAAUAUGCAGAGCUGGUCAAUUGGUGGAUUAUAAAACUCUGUUUAGAAAUUCUGGAGUUGUUCUUCACAUAGAGGAAGGCAGAGCAGAACACUAGCUUUCUUCUGAGACACUUUUCUAUGGCGCUUUUGUAAACCUGAUAAGAGUGUACAUCUGGGAUGUGGGACACUAGGGAUAUUGCUGUACUGUGAUUUUCUUUUCCUUUUUUCAACCUGUAAAUCUACUAUGAUUUAUUUUAAUCCUAUUUUAUAUACUUAUUAUUAAAUAUAAAUAUCUAUUGAUUUAUGUACACAUAUUGCCCAAGGGCUGUUAGAAUGUGAACCUGUCUCCUUCAUGGCCCCUUUCUAUAGAACUGGGUUCAGAAGUGUUCUUCCUCUUAUCCUUUCCCCAGAGCCAUUUGCUUCUCUUCAGUGUUGCUUCUCUUCUCUUCAGACCUGAAGGGCACCCUCUUCCCUACUAGUCACUGGCGCUUGUCUGAAGCUGCUAAAGCAGCCUCAUACCUGGCUUGGGCUAAAGCUCAUAGACCAGCUGGAGGAGCCCUCCAAGUCAAUGCAAAGAGAGUACAGAACAGGUGUGUUUUCUCUCAUAUUCCCCACUCUUUCCUUGCCAGGAAAUAUUAAAAUAGGCCAUGAAGCCAUGGCAGAUGAAAAAGGACGUUUAUCCCAAAUGUAGAGACCUUUUUGAGAAGGUGGCAAGAAUGCCUCAAGUGGGCAGAGAAGAGGCCCUUUAGAUUUCUGCCAAGAAACAGGAAACCUUCCCCACAACUUGGUGCCUCUCUAUGAAUUCAGCUGCCGGCUAGUGUCUUGUGCUCUUCCAUAUACUUGCCUCCUAAGGGUAACAUUUACCAAAUCAGAUGGCACUGGCUCUUGUUUUCCUCUUUACUCUUAAGUUAAAAAUGAACCUGUGGCUGUCCAAGAGCAUAAGGACAUGUUAACUGGCAAAUAAUGCAUUUCAGUGCAAUUGUUAAACAUUUCCCCCGUCAGACUUUUUAGUAUGUCUGACUUGUGGACAUUGGGUUUUUGAAUGUAUUGGUUGUGUCUGAACAGUCUGGGUUGUAGGUGCUACUGUUCUAGCAGUAGCAGCAAGAGGUUCUUGGGGUUGUUUUUGAAGUGACUUAAUGUGAUUCUUGUCCUGUGUUGCAAAAGGGAAGCUAAAUUUGUCUCAACAAAGGUUUCUGUUCUAAAUACAUUGAGGUUUCAUAAACAUAUACUUGCUAGCAUCUUCAGUAUUUCAAGAGUCUGCUGUUGUUGUGUCACGUUUGCAAACCUAAGCUUGUUUUGCCAAUCUAGUUAACCGUCAGAACAAUAGUUCUGUGAAGGUGUUGAAGAGUGUGCUGGAGAUCCUCCAUUCUUGUUAAAGCUGCUGUUCCCAGAAUACUUUGAACAGAAAACACAGCAUUUACACUGGUUUAGGUAUGCUAGUAGAUGAUCUGUUGAGGUAUUUGGUUAAUAAAACCUCUAUUUCUACA